CAGGGCCGGGGCACCGGGCUCAGUCCCCGGCGCCCGACGCGCGCUGUGAGCCCCGCGGGUGGCGCGGCGGGCGGCUCCGGGAGGAGGUCGGAGCGGGGGCACCGCGGCGCCCGGAGCGGAGCAAAGGUUCUGACCAUCUCCCCAGGGGAGGGGAAUCUGAAGGGCUGAGUCACUGAGGAGAGGAAGUAGGUGGGGUCCUCCCAGAAAGAAGCUUGGACUCUGGAGAACACACAGCUCCCUGAGUGUAGUGGCACGCGUCUGUAAUCCCAGCUGCUUAGGAGGCUGAAGCAGGAGGACAGCAAGUUCUGUCCACCUGGGCAACGGACCCCCAUCCCCGCGGGCCCCUGAUUAUCAUGAACAAGAUGAAGAACUUCAAGCGUCGGUUCUCCAUGCCCCGCACGGAGACCAUAGAGGAGUCUUUGGCCGAAUUCACCGAGCAGUUCAACCAGCUCCACAACCAGAGGAAUGAGGACCUGCAGCUCGGUCCUCUUGGCAGAGACCCCCCACUGGAGCCCAGCCCCUUCUCCCCCACAGAUGGCGGGGAAGAGCCUGGGACACUGUCCCCUGGCAUGCAGUACCGGCGAAGGCAGAACCAACGCCGCUUCUCCAUGGAGGACAUCAGCAAGCGGCUCUCGCUGCCCAUGGAUAUCCGCCUGCCCCGGGAGUUCCUACAGAAGCUACAGCUAGAGAGCCCAGACCUGCCCAGGCCACUCAGCCGCAUGUCACGCCGAGCCUCCCUGUCAGACAUCGGCUUUGGGAAACUGGAAACAUAUGUGAAGCUGGACAAGCUGGGCGAGGGCACCUACGCCACAGUCUUCAAGGGGCGCAGCAAGCUGACAGAGAACUUGGUGGCUCUGAAGGAGAUCCGACUGGAGCAUGAGGAGGGAGCACCCUGCACUGCCAUCCGAGAGGUGUCGCUGCUGAAGAACCUGAAGCACGCCAACAUCGUGACCCUGCAUGACCUCAUCCACACAGAUCGGUCCCUCACGCUGGUGUUUGAGUACCUGGACAGUGACCUGAAGCAGUAUUUGGACCACUGUGGGAACCUCAUGAGUAUGCACAAUGUCAAGAUUUUCAUGUUCCAGCUACUUCGGGGCCUGGCUUACUGCCACCGACGCAAGAUCCUGCACCGGGACCUGAAACCUCAGAACCUGCUCAUCAAUGAGAGGGGCGAGCUGAAGCUGGCUGACUUCGGGCUGGCCCGGGCCAAGUCAGUGCCCACAAAGACCUACUCCAAUGAGGUGGUGACCCUGUGGUACAGGCCCCCCGAUGUGCUGCUGGGAUCCACAGAGUACUCCACACCCAUUGAUAUGUGGGGCGUGGGCUGCAUCCACUACGAGAUGGCCACAGGGAGGCCCCUCUUCCCCGGCUCCACGGUCAAGGAGGAGCUGCACCUCAUCUUUCGCCUCCUCGGGACUCCUACAGAAGAGACGUGGCCCGGCGUGACGGCCCUCCCAGAGUUCCGAGCUUACAACUUUCCCGCGUAUCUGCCGCAGCCGCUGCUCAGCCACGCCCCCAGGUUGGAUACUGACGGCAUCAACCUCCUGACUGGCCUCCUCCUGUAUGAAUCCAAGAGUCGCAUGUCAGCAGAGGCAGCCCUGGCUCACCCCUACUUCCGAUCUCUGGGAGAACGUGUGCACCAGCUCGAGGACACUGCCUCCAUCUUCUCCCUGAAGGAGAUCCAGCUCCAGAAAGACCCAGGGUACCGUGGCUUGGCCUUUCAGCAUGCAGGAAGGAGCACCCAGUCUGGUACAGAGGUUGAUGCCAAGGGAGAACUAAAGCCCUGCAGACCCAAGGAUGUGGCUGGGCCUGGUUCCUAUGUGCCCUGGGCUGCCAUGGAAGACGGAGUGCACCAGGUCCAGUACUCCCUAGACGCCUCAGCAAAUUGUGGGACCAUGACUCAGGGAGUGUUUAGUGGCAUCUACAUGGGGCUUUUAAGCUGGACCUGAAGGAGCCUGUAUUUAUUAAGCUCUCAGCCAUAUGCCAGACACUUGUUUUAUUAAAUUUGCACAAGAACCCCUUUCUCCCUGUCUUGCAUACCCUCAUACAUACAGUGGGUCCUCAAGGACUGAGUGACUUCCCCAGGGUACACAGCAACUUAGAGUCCCCAGCCCUCGCUCGGUCUUUAAGGCAGGAGCUGCACACAGCACAGAGGCCCAGGAGGCAAGAAGCAACUCUAGGAAGGGCCUGGGCAGACCUGUUUUGCUGGAAUCCCUUAGAGGCCACCAUGAGUCACAGGCAUUGUGUUGCUCUAGGGGCCUAGGAGAUAAAUCCUACUGGACAGGCUCACCCCAGGCCUUGGGUACAGGUAAAGAUAGUGGCUCCAGAAGAGAGAGUUGGAUUCGGGAGCAAAGACUGGAUAUGAGCUGCCAGGGCUGGUGGGCUGCAGGAGCCAUCCUCGAAUUCCCCAGGGACCAGGCUGAGCCGCAUGUCCUGGAGCCCAGGGUUUCCUGCAUGCCUGACAGUCAUUUCCAGAUGCCACAUGGCCUUUACAAACAGCAGCCUGCCAUUCCACCAGAGUCCUGAGUCACUGACCUGCUGGCCUCACAUUAACUCUCUGCUCCUGGGAUGGGUCGGGAAUGCCUGGGCUCCUGACUGGCCUUCUCUACCAAACUCAUUUGGCAGGAGCAUCUGUGAUUUGCAGCAGCCCUGCAGCUGCUGAUAACAGGUCUUAUUCGAUGACUGCUGCAAGGUAGAGGUGAUACCAGCUCCCCACCCUACUGUGACCAGGAGCUGGCUGUCCCGAGCCCCAGCCUUCCUAGGAGCCCCAGGCACAAGCCCAGGGCUGAUGCCAAAUGAACCUGGGCCACCACACACUGAUGCUGUAGCGAGGCCUGCCCCUUCCUUCCACUCUAAGCAACUCAGCCCCCUUAGGCCCAUCCUGCCCUUUGCUCAGACCCUUGCGUCUACAUGUGACACUCCACAGCACCCCCGCUGAACCAUCUCUCUCCAGGGCAAGUCACCAGCUGGCCCUGCGUGGUACACAGCACUCCAGCCCUGUCCAAACUGCUCCUAGGCCACAGCAGUGAGGAAGUCAGCCAGAUCACAGUCCAGUGGGGUCAAAGGCACCCCUAGAUCAACACAAGGCAGGCACCUCAGAGUAUCUGCAGUUUAAGAAUCAGAGUAAAACAGGGUCAGGAGAUGAGAGGCUGAGUGAGGGUGCAGAGUGGGGAUCGGAUACACCGGUUGAGGUACAAGUGUGGUCAGGGGCAUCUGAUGGGGUCUGGGGGAGCAUGGCUUCAGAGGGAAGGAACCAAGUGGGUAGUCAGGGACAGACCAUCCCUGGAAAGGCCCAGAAGGGAAUGCGCUUGAGGAAGAGCAAAAGGCCACUAGUGAGACCAGAGCCCAGCAAACCAGGAAGGGGAACAGGAGGGCGGCCGCGUGCACGUGCCUGUUAGGUCCAGCUGGAAGCACUAGGGCCUGUCUACUGGCUCCAGCUCAGAUGGACGCCUGCAGAUUUGGUUUUUCUUUUUUUCCACCCUGGGUUGUUCCCCUCUCCCUCUUCAUUUUAUUUUAUUUUAUUUUAUUUUUUGAGGUAAAGUCUGCUAAGUCUUCAGACAAUGUUCAAGCUUGUGAUCCCUUUGUCUCCACCUCAGAGGGUGCUGGCAUUCUAGGUGGGUGCCACCAUAUCUAGCUAACAUCAGACUGCAAUAAUGAGGCCAGGAAUUAGGUUUUUUUAAAUGCCCCUAACCUGAGGGGUAGGAAUGUAGCACUCUGGUGGCAUAUUUACCAGGCACAGACCUGGCUUUGCACCCCAGCACCACAAAUACAGAAGGUCCCACAGCACCUAUAUGUGCUAGGCCUCAUUCUGUGGUGGCUGCUGCUAGUCUUACUGGCUCAGGAGGAAGCUGGGGGAGAAGCCCUCGGACUCCUGGCAGAGAAGGGAAGGCCCCAGGGAAACCCAUACUGCUGCUAUGAGGCAGGGGCUCUCAGUGGUUCCAUUUUGCAGCAGAGGCCCUUGGGGUUAGGAGACUUGCCUGGUCCCCCAGAGAGCAUGGUGGGUGGACUGUCCUAGUGGAAUCCCGCUGGCUGCCUGCCUUCACCACGCCAGCUAUAUGGGGCAGGAGUGGAGUGCUUUAUGUAAUUACAUGGAGGACCUGGGUCUCCCCCUCUGGUCACCUGAGAGCAUGGCUGACAGCCAGCCAGGAGGCACCAAGGUUGGCCACCAUCACUGUUCCCCCACCCCACCAGGUGUCCCCUGCCAUCAUUCGCCUUUUCCUCUGAACCCCCAUCUUCCCACCAUCAGCCAUCUGGAAGGGAAGUGGUCCUGUCCCUGCUCCAGCAGCCGGGGCACUGUGGCUGGUGUCAUUUCUGAUGAUCAGUGUCCAGCUCCCAGCAGGAGUGUAGUAGCUGUCCUCAGAUGGGUAACCCGGGCCAGGAAGCACUGCUGGAACUGCAGAGCCACCUGCCACUGGCCUCUUGUUCAGCAAUGUUUUCUCUCGCUUUCUCUCCCUUUCUGGGGUGCUAGGUACUACUCAGUAUAUAUCCCUGAGUGACGCUUAGACCCAGAGAUCAAUAUCCUGACCCAGCCAGGUGUCGUGACUGACUCAGCCGCUUGGGAGGCUGAGGCAGAGGGGGUUGCUGGAGCCUAGGAGAUUGAGCCAGCCUAGGCAACAUGGCAGGAGUAAAGUGGGCAUGGGCGUGAAGCCCCACACUCUGCUGCUCCCUGGACUAGAAGUGGCAGCCCAGUUCCUUGUCUUCUGGUCUGCUGGGUUCCUCCCUCCCCAGUUCCCUCACUCCAGGCUCUAACUUGGUACCACAGGACUCACACACUGAGCCUCCUCCCUGGAGCUCAGAGUCCAGCUAGAGUGGCUUAGGAUGUGAUCUUUGCUCUCAUAAGGUCUCAGGGUUUUACAAGAUGAGGAACUUUCCAUUCGUCAUUCUAUUAAAAUUUACUGGGCUGCAGGUGCAGCUCAGUGGUACAGUGCUUCCCUGGUGUUCAUGAGGUCCUGGGUUCUGUCCCUAGCACCACAAAAAUAAAUAAGAAUGGAUAAAUAAAUAGAUAAAAUGUUUUACCAUU